AAACGAUUUGGUGUAGCAACAUCAAUUUGAAUGAAAAACCCUAACGGGACCAAACCCAAAGUUCCCGCACACUCUCUCUCUCGAUUUCUCUACCGAAGCAGCAGCACAGUAUUCACAGCGGCAACAAUGGAGGUUUCAUCUCUCGCCUUUCGAAACAACAAUACGAUCUCUGUUUCCUCUUUUGCUGAAGCUCUGAUUCUUCAAUCUCUCAUUGCUACUGCCAAAUCCCUCGCUUACCUCCUCAUAGCGACUGGAUCUCUUCUUACUGAUGUCAAUCAUUUGAUAUCACCAAUGGAUGGAAGGUUUCCUCUAGAUCAAUUGUCCAAGGGAAACCAUACUUGUGAAGAGAACAAAGAUGGUAGUGAAACCGAGGACGAUGACGACGAGGAUGAUGACGAUGAUGUGAAUGAUGAGGAUGACGACAAUGAUGAGGACUUCUCCGGUGAUGAAGAUGACGAAGAUGCUGAUCCCGAGGACGAUCCUGUGCCAAAUGGUGCAGGAGGAAGUGAUGACGAUGAUGAGGAUGACGACGAUGAUGAUGAUGACAAUGAUGAUGGAGAAGAUGAGGAUGAAGACGAAGAAGAGGACGAUGAUGAAGAUCAGCCACCUUCUAAGAAGAAGAAAUGAGUUAAUAUAGUUGGUAAAUUGUUUUUCCUGCCUUUUGCGCACUUUAUAUUUUCUAGUAAAUUUUAGUUUGGGAUGCUGUGACCUGUCAAUCCGUUCUGCCUAUGGCUGACAUUUAGAUUAACAACACCGAUUAAUAUAUUAUUAUGUACUCCUUGUUAUUAUUAUUGGCUUUGCUUGUCCUGGUUUAUA